AUGAAAGAGCGAAGCAGGAUAACAAAAGGAAUGUCAUUCUUUGGAAAGCAUCGCAAUAAGACAUACAUGUUGUGCCACCACUGUGGCUCCAAGCCCUACCACCUUCAAAAAUCUACCUGUGGCAAAUGUGGCUACCCUGCCAAACACAAGAGAAAAUAUAACUGGAGUACCAAGGCUAAAAGACAAAACACUACCAGGACUGGGUGGAUGAGGCAUCUAAAAAUUUUCUAUCAAAUAUUCAGACAUGGAUUCCGUGAAGGGACAACCUCUAAACCCAAGAGGGCAGCUGUUGCAGCAUCCAGUUCAUCUUGA